UAAGGGGAGUGUGAGUGCAGCAGAACGCAGACUUAAGCUCACCUCCGCUACAAAGACUUCACAGGACGGAGCACACAGGAAGUCUUUGACUCGGGAAUAUCUUCUCCAGUAUCUGAUGGUUUAUGAAUGAACCGGUUUGUCUCCUUCUUGAACCCGGAAAAUGGUGGGACUCUCAUCCACUGCUGUGGAGGCCAUGGAGGUGUUGGUGAGUGAACUAGGUGCUCUGCUGAAGAUGCUGGACCAGGAGAACCUCAGCUCCUCUACACAGGAGAAGAAGACCUCCGUGUGGAACCUCCUGCAGCAGAUACAGCCGUCAGUUUCAGGAACAGACUACAUCUACAUGAACUCAUCAAUGUACAGAAAUGGCACAAGCUUUGUGGAGUCACUCUUUGAAACAUUUGAUUGUGAGAUCGGGGGCCUAAAGGAUGUGACUGACGACCUGAAAGAAGACAAGAACCCCCAGAUGGACACUUGUAAAGAGGAGAACUGCACAGACUCCACAGCCCCACACUCAGCUGACUCCCCCCCACCUCUGCCCACGACCCCUCCUCCCGAGGAGUACUAUGAGGAGGCAGUGCCGCUCAGCCCUGGCAAGAUGCCCGAGUAUAUCAUCACUCGAGUGAGGCCUAGCCCUCCAAACUCAAUAGAGGAUGGAUAUGAAGAUGCUGAAAACAACUACCCCACUACCUGCAUUAACACACAUCGCAAAAACUCAUACAAUGACUCAGAUGCUUUGAGCAGUUCCUACGAGUCCUACGAGGAGGAUGAGGAGGAGAGGAGCCCGGGGGUCCGACUCACUCAUCAGUGGCCGUCAGAUGAGAGCUCCAUGCCUCCAGCCAGAGAUUGUCGAAUCUGCGCCUUCCUGCUGCGCAAGAAGCGUUUUGGACAAUGGGCAAAGCAGCUAACUGUCAUCCGCGAGAACAGACUACAAUGUUACAAGAGCUCAAAAGACACGUGCCCCUAUGUAGACCUGCUGUUGCCCCAGUGCACUGUGGUCUAUGCACCCAAAGACAGCAAGAGGAAGCACCAUGAGCUCCGCUUCACCUUACCCAAUGGAGAUGCACUCGUGUUGGCGGUACAGAGCAAGGAGCAGGCCCACAGAUGGCUCAGGGUUGUAAGAGAGGUGAGCGGUCAGAGCGCGGGGCCUGAGGAAUCUGCGUCUCCUGUCACCCAAAGAAAAACUGAUCUUGACAAGAGGUUAUCCACCGAGAGGAACACAUCAGAUUCAGACAGUGUGGGCGUGUCGACUGGAGAGAACUGCAGAGAGAAUGGAAAGGUGAAACGGGGAGCUUUAGCCGCAGGCCGUAAAAUCACACGUAUCAUCAGCUUCUCCAAGAAAAAGCUCCCACGUCCAGGAGAUUCUCGAACAUCCUUCAACGACCCUCGCCAAGGAUAUCUGUCUGUGCUGGUGAAUCAAGUGUGGGGGGAACAGUGGUGUUGCGUGUGCAGAGGCUCCCUACACUUUUACCAUGACAAAGGAGACCCUCGGACCUCCCUGCCUUCACUUCCUCUAUAUGGCUGCGAGGUUGUUCCGGGGCUGGGACCCAAACAUCCCUUUGCCUUUAGGAUCCUACAGAACAGCAAUGAGGUGGCAGCUCUGGAGGCCAGCAGCUCAGUGGAACUGGGAAGAUGGCUCGGCGUCCUCUUGGCAGAGACAGGCUCAGCGACAGACCCAGAGUCCCUUCAUUACGACUAUGUUGACGUGGAAACCAUCGCUAACAUCCGCGACGCUGCAAGGCACUCCUUCCUAUGGGUCACAUCCUCCAGCAGCGCCUCCACUGACUCCAGAACAUAUGACGAGGUCCCUAAUGAAGACAUGCAGUCAGGGGAAAACCACACGCCACAGUCUGGGAAUCAAGUGAAGCGGCGCUCAAGUUUCUCCAGCAGCGACUCCGACAGAAUCAAGCCUUUGGUCUCACUCAAACGAACAGGCUCAAAUGCCAACCAGUAUGGGCGGUAUGGGAAAACGCGAGCAGAAGAGGACGCCAAGCGUUACCUGAAUGAGAAAGAGGAGCUGGAAAGACAGAGGGAUGGGAUAAGAAAUGCGCUGCUGACCCUGCGACAGGAGAAGAGAGAGCUGAAGGAAGAGCUGAAGACGGUCUCUGCAGAGCGAAGAAAGGCCGUCAUCACCAAGCGUGUCUCCCUGCUGGAAGAAGCCUGUAAAGCCAAAGAAGCAGAGAGGGUUGACUUGGAGCUGCGGCUUACCCAGGUCAAAGAAAACCUCAAGAAGAGCCUCGCGGGUGGAGCACUCGGUGCUCCUGUUGAGGCUAAACCCCCUGUGAAGAGCUCCAGCAAGAAGAAGCAGAAUAUCUACAGCGAGUCUUUACCAGUGAACUGUGCCUCAGAGAUGAGAAGGAGACCUCCAUCUGUGUAUGCCUCCUCUGCAGGAACUGUCAUGCAGAAGGCAAAGGAGUGGGAGUCAAAGAAAGGAACCUAGGAGUGUAAUCAUGGAAGGACUGAAAGAAUGAAUGAAUGGAAAUCAGGAGCAGACUUUAGUGACCCUCAGUCCUCUUAAGGAGAAGCCCCUCUACACCCCAUAGCUUGGAGAAAGAAAGUGUAAUGAAAGUAACUGGCCACUAGAUGGAGGUACAUGCCACUAAAUUCUCUAGCUUCUCUAAGAAACAAAGAAUCAAAGUGCUCUCUGUCCAUUUCUUAGUAAUUGUUAUGUCUUUGUUGACAAAGAUUAAAAUGUGGCAGUCUGAAAAGACUAAAAGAAGCAGAGUUUGUGAAAGAAAGAAGCAAGGAAAGUGUAUUGAAAGCAUUGUUAAGUCAUUUAUAUGCUUCUGUGUUGGAAUGCAACAAUGUGUGGGUUAAAUGUUUAUUGUUUAAGGUCUGGGAAAUGUGAUGUACUGGACAAUAAGAGGAUACACAGUGAGAGCCAUGACGUGCCUUUAUAUUAGAUAUUUUCUGCCUGUACAUAGAGAGCCAUGACUACUGUCCUGUAUGUUUUAUACUUUCCUACUGUCCAAGGUUUCAUUUCUCAUCAUUAUUCUGCUGCAGUACACGUGCCAUGGAGGGCAGAGAGUGUCCUGUAUCUCCUCUCAGGAUGAAUCGGUGCUAUCAUAUACAGCCACAACAUCAGCUGAAUAACAAAAUCCUAUACAUACUCAACCCUCUUCAGCACACAUUCAGAAGCAGUAAAUACUCCAGAUGGAGAUGAUUAAGGCCACUUUUACACAGAAACAAUCUACUAAUGAUUGUAUCUUUUUCAUUUCAUUGUUCAGAAAUGUUCCACAUUAAGACAACUAAGUUUUGAUAACAACUACUGUGCACAUGGAUCCACAGAAAAACCCUAUCAUACAUGCCAGGCCAGUAGUUGGUGGUGUGACUUUGUAAUGAAACAACACGCCCAUGUGAACAUCUUUUCUACAAAGCAGUGAGGUGUAAAACGUGCAUGAGCCUAAACUACAAAGAGAGUAAAUUUCAACACCGACUAAUGCAUGUCUGCUGACUGGAACCUUAAUGCACAUGUGCAAAAAAUAGUGGAGACUUUAAAGAGAAUCCCAUUCAUACGUGCUUUAUUCUCAGAAAGGACUUUAUUAACAUUACAGCCAAAAUACUGGUGGUAAGAUUUGGCCGUAUGUUUAUAUCAUGUUUUUGAAACUUUAAAUUGAAUGUUACAGACUGUUGCUUUAGGCCUGAAGUGCAUUUAUAUAUCAGUAUCAAUAUUGGUAUUACCUCAAAACAUUAGAAAAUAUCUCAAAAGCAUCUCCAUCCACAUGAAAACACAAAAAUGCUCUGUUAGGUGCUGUAAAGACUAUGCCAUGUCAGCAGUAGUCUGUCCUUUACAGAAGAAGGAGUUCACUCUGAGACAACAACGAUGUACUUGACGUUAAAGAUUCCUCACCAUUCCUCUGCAAUAACACGUUUAUUUUCAAUCUUAAAAGUUGUCCCACAAACCCAAACUGGGUCUAGUAUAAAGCCUUAAACGCUUGCUGCGGGGUUAGUGUCUUCAGAGUGUGUAUAAAGGUGCAGUGAGCUCUGUAGUUCAUUUUCCUUAUCCACACAUAAACACUUUAAAUCAGCCUUUCCCAAACUUCAGAACAUUUAAACCCAGUUUGAGACCUGCAAAUUUUCUGGGGCCCACCAAAACCUUUGUACAACCAUAACAUGAAACUCAUAUAUUUACCUUUUAUUUGCCAUUUUUCUGAUCCAUAAACAGCUUUGCUUUCAGAUACAGUAACAUUAAUUGGAAAAUGUAGGUGGGGCCCCAAAGAACAAUUAUCGCCCACUGCCAUUUAUUUUGUUUUAAUCAGGCAUCUGCAAAGACAGUUACAUUUUAUUUUUUUUCAAUGAAGUUUCUAAAAAUCUUCACUCUGCAAGGAGUUCUUCUAAAAGGUGCAUCAUUUUCGGAGACCUAAAAUGCCGUUUGCAUGUGUACUAAGGGCAAAAUUGCGGAGAAAACCUAAUUUUAGAAAAAAGGUUCUUUUUUUUUUAUCAGGCGUCUGCAAAGACAGUGACAUUUUAUAUAAUCUAAUAUCUAUAUCUGUAAAACUUACUUUCUGGUCCAGAAACUCUUCCCAAGCAGCAUUUAUAUCUCCUUAGACACUUAUAAAUUCUUAAAAUCAGGAAAAAAGUGGCAUAGUAGAACUGGUUAACAGUGUGUCACCAGUUAAUCCAACACCAGCUAAACCAUAACAUCAGUUCUAUACGGCAGACAAAAUAAACAAAAAGCUGACAUGAGUUAAAAUUUGUGGCCGUAUUUUACUUCCGAGACUAAAAUACAACUUUUAAUCAAGUAUUUAAUGAUCAUUUAAAAUGUGAAUUAAACACUUUUUAAUUUCUAUGGUUAGUGACCUACCAGCCCACACUUUUAGGAGCACUGCUUUCAAUGGAGUUUCUAAAAAUCUUCACCUUGGAAGUUCUUCUAAAAGCUUCAUCAUUUUCAGUGACCUGUUUGCACAUGUAAUAAGGGCCAAAUCACAGAGAAAAACCUCAGUUUACAAAAAUACCCGCCUAGGUGUGGCGUUUAAGUUUGCUCUCCAGAACCUGUUUUCAAACCUUUUUCAGACACCCAAAACGCUGUUGUUAUGUAAACAAACAGCCAAAACAGAAUAAGGGUACCUGUUUUGGAUUAAAUUAUUGUCAUGUAAAUGGGCCAAAGUAACUAACAAAUGGUUCUUAAUCAAGAUUGCAAUGUUCUGUCAUUUUAACAAGUUUUCCAUUGAACUUUUGGUUGACUUUUGCACUUUACUGUUCUCUCGC